UAGCCCUGGGAACCACGGCAAGUCGGCACUCUGGGAGGUCUCUGUAGGAAAAUAAUUGCUUGAUCAGUGCGGCGUGGGUCUUGUACAUUGUGAAGAGAUGAAUGGGAAACGGUCGGCUGAGCUUGGCCCUGGUCGGGCGGGGAAAAAAGUAAAGAAGGAGGUGAUGGCGAAGAUUUCGGAUGCUGUCACGGAGGAAACCUUGAAAAAGCAGGUGGCUGAGGCCUGGAGUCGUAGGACGCCGUUCCAUCACGAAGCCAUUGUUAUGGACAUGGACCCCUUUCUUCACUGCAUGAUCCCAAACUUCAUCCAAAGCCAAAGCUUCUUGGAAGGACUUCAGAAGGAACUUUUGAACUUGGACUUCCAUGAAAAGUAUAACGAUUUAUAUAAGUUCCAACAGUCUGAUGAUUUGAAGAAAAGAAGAGAGCCUCACAUCUGUGCUUUAAGGAAAAUUCUGUUUGAACAUUUCCGGGCUUGGCUUUCUGAUGUUUCCAAGAUUGAUCUGGAAUCAACCAUUGACAUGUCUUGUGCUAAAUAUGAAUUUUCAGAUGCUCUGCUCUGCCAUGAUGACGAGCUGGAAGGGCGCCGGAUUGCCUUCAUUCUUUACCUAGUUCCUCCCUGGGACAGGAGCCUGGGGGGCACCCUGGACAUGUACAGCGUUGAUGAGCACUUUCAGCCGAAGCAGAUUGUCAAGUCCCUUAUCCCAUCAUGGAACACACUGGUUUUCUUUGAAGUAUCUCCAAUAUCCUUUCACCAGGUGUCUGAAGUCCUGUCUGAAGAGAAGUCUCGUUUGUCUAUCAGUGGCUGGUUUCAUGGUCCUUCGCUGACCAGGCCUCCCACCUACUUUGAACCUCUCCUACCUCGGAGCCCUCACAUCCCACAAGAUCAUGAAGUUUUGUAUGACUGGAUCAACCCUACUUAUCUUGACAUGGAAUACCAAGUUCAAAUACAAGAAGAAUUUGAAGAAAGCUCCGAAAUUCUCCUAAAAGAGUUCCUUAAGCCUGAGAAAUUUGCAGAGGUGUGUGAGGCUUUGGAGAAAGGAGAUGUGGAAUGGACCAGCCAAGGUCCCCCUAACAAAAGGUUUUACGAGAAGGCUGAGGAGAGCAAGCUUCCCAAAAUUCUGAAGGACUGCAUGGCAUUAUUUCGCUCAGAGGCAAUGUUCUUGCUGCUGUCCAACUUCACAGGCCUGAAACUUCACUUCUUGGCUCCUUCAGAAGAAGAUGAGCUUGAAGACAAAAAAGAGGGAGAAGCAGCCUCUCCUGCUGAUAACACUGAAGAAGGGACUAGCCACAGCUCCUCUGAGCCAGAGAACAGUCGAGAGGCCAUUAGCGACAGCAGCCAACAGAGCAAUGAACAGAUAGACCCAGAGCCAGAGGAAACCAAAGCAAAGAAAGAAUCAAGUGUUCCCACGUGCCAGGGGGAACUGAGGCAUUGGAAGACUGGUCACUACACUUUAAUCCAUGACAACACCAAGACUGAAUUUGCCCUGGACCUCCUCCUCUACUGCGGCUGUGAAGGCUGGGAGCCAGAAUAUGGUGGCUUUACCUCCUACAUUGCCAAAGGUGAAGACGAAGAGCUACUGACAGUGAAUCCAGAAAACAAUUCUUUGGCCUUGGUCUACAGAGACAGAGAAACUCUGAAAUUUGUUAAGCAUAUUAACCACCGAAGCCUGGAACAAAAGAAAACCUUCCCAAACAGAACAGGUUUCUGGAACUUUUCAUUUGUCUAUUACGAAUGACAAGGCUGGGCAAGGCUGGAAAAAGGAGGCCCGCCCUCAGUACUGGGACGUCUGAAAGAGUUAGACACCGAGGGAAGGACAGCUCCAAGGUGGCCUGUGCGACAGCGUUCUUAAACUGUGUGUGGUUAUCCUUUAAGCGGGCUCAUAGUGGUUGUCCUCAGUCUAGACCUUGAGCUUGAGGCUGGGAACUUAUCUCUUGUUUUUAAAAAAAAAGGUUUUAUCUUUUUCAGUAACAUUGUUCUUCAUUUUCCAUAUUAGCUUCUGCAGUGGUAAAAGCUUUGUGUGUGUGUGUGUGUGUGUGUGUGAUAAAAUAUGCGUGACAUAAAAUGUACCAUUUUCAGUGUACAGUUCAGUGACAUUAAGUACACUGACAUUGCGACACAACCCUCAUCAUCAUCCAUCUCCAAAACUUUUCCACCUUCCCCAGCUGCAACUCUGUCUGCAUUAAAUUCUAACUCCCUACUUACCCACCCCCAGUCUCUGGCAACCUUCUUUCUGGCUCUCUGACAAUUUGAUAAUUCUUACUCCUCAUAAGACAGUAUCUGUCCUUUUUUGACUGGCUUAUUUCACUCAGCAUAAAAUCUUCAAGGUU